AUGGCAAUUGACUCUGCUGUCGCUCAACUUCUGUCCUUGAACCUGAAAGAAACAACAGUUUCCGGCUCUGGAGGAUCAAGCUUUAGCUCCACGUCCAAGAUCACGACCAAACUUGACGAUGGCACGACGAAGCAGUACUUCCUAAAGACGGGAUCUGGAGGGGAAGCAUCGGUCAUGUUUGAAGGCGAGCACGCGUCGCUUAGUGCAAUUCAGAAAGCCGUGCCCGCGCUCUGUCCAAAGUCAUAUGGGCAUGGCGCAUUUGCCGACACGCCCUCGAAGCACUUUCUCGUCACCGACUUCGUCGACCUCUCGAGUCGAUUCUCCUCAAAUGCAUCAUCUUCAGCUCCUUCACUUGCCGCUAAGCUAGCUAAGCUUCAUAGCACACCAGCGCCCCCACCACCAGGAGAGUCUAGCCCAAAGUUUGGCUUCCCAACCACGACAUGUUGUGGUGAGACGCCUCAAGACAAUAGCUUCAAGAGCAGCUGGGCCGAGUUCUAUGCUGAGAAUCGACUCAUAUUUAUCAUGAAGCGUAGCGAGAAGAAGAACGGCGUUGACAAGGACUUGCGCUCCCUUGUUGAAACGAUGUGCAGCAAAGUGGUCCCACGUCUUAUUGGCGAUGACCAUCUCAAUGGCGGUAAGGGCGUCACUCCUGUCGUUGUUCAUGGCGACCUAUGGUCAGGCAACGCGAGUCUGGGGAAGCUGCCAGGCAUGGAAGCUCCUGAAGACGUGAUCUACGACUCCAGUGCGUGCUAUGCUCACAGCGAAUUCGAGCUCGGUAUCAUGAAGAUGUUCGGAGGAUUUGGAGGAAGCUUUUCGAAAGAAUACCAUGAGCUGCUCGCAAAAACCGAGCCUGCGGACGAGUACGCAGACAGAGUUGCUCUGUACGAGUUGUAUCACCAUCUAAACCACCAUGCUAUGUUCGGUGGAGGUUACAGAAGUGGUGCCGUCAGUAUCAUGAGUAAGCUGAUUCAGAAGUACGGCAAGGACAAGUAA